AUGGCAGGUAGCAUGAGACAAUUAGAGGAACGGCAACUUCCAGCCGAAGUAACACGAAUGCAAUGGUCCCCAAAAAUGGAUCUUUUAGCAAUCGCAAAUGUAAAAGGUGAAGUUACACUGCAUAGAUUAACAUGGCAAAGGGUAUGGUUAUUAAGUCCUCCAGAAGAAUCUGAUACUGUAGUGAAUUUAGCAUGGAGACCUGAUGGAAAACUUCUUGCAAUUUGUUAUGAAACUUCAAAAUUAUUAUGUCUUGUAGAUAUUGAAAAUAAGAAUAUUAUUCAUAGAACAAAGCACACAUUGCACAAUGCAAUUACAUCUAUGAUGUGGUUACCAUUAACAAAUCCAGAAAAUGAUACUUCAUUAAAUAGUAACAGGACAAACAUGCUACCAACAGGAGAAUAUCUUCCACCUUUACCUAGCUUAAAUAGAAGUUUUGGUCAAGAAGCAGAGCGCAAAGAAUUUUUAUCUCAAACUUUAGAUAUACUUUUUCUUGGUUUAGAUGAUGGAAAUCUUGCUAUGUAUGUAUUUGGUAUGUUCUAUUGUGGUAUAAUUUCUGUUGGCCAUGGUAGAAUAUUGGAAAUUAAUGGUGGUUUUGGUAAACCAAUGUGGGUCACAUGGAAAGACAACAGUGGUAUCAAAGCAAGUAGAUUGUGGUGUCCAUUAUUAGAAAAGAGCACAGCAUUUUUAAAGGUAGCACAAGCUCAAGCUAAUAUUGAAUACUUGAUGGAUUAUCUUUCGCGCACGUUAAUGGCAAUUUCCGAAGCUUGGGAAACAAUUCUCCUAGAAAUGGAUGAAAAGCUUGCACGGUAUGCAGAGGCCAAUCCACCUGGUGGAGUUGCUGCAGAUUUUUUAGAGCUAUUAAUGAUUGGUGUACCAACCCAGAACUUAGAGACUUUUUUGUUACGUGAUUUGACUGAAAAAGGAUUAAAAAAAUUAGGGCAUAGCAUUGAAAUGUGUUACAGUAAUAUACAGAAAUUAGUCUUAAAAAACUUAACUAGUGUUGGAAUGGCCUUGGUAUAUCAGUUAGCUGAAAUGAGAGGAAUGGUGAGAUUGGGUGGUGCGUACGAAUUACUAGGACUCACUGAUGAAAAUAUCAUUACUAAUGCUCUUCAUGCAUCAGAAGCUUUCUUAGCAAAGUCUUCAGAAAUUCAACAAGUCAUUGAUCAUAGUAUGCGUGAUUAUAAAGCAUUUUUUCGGUGGUUGUAUGUUGUAAUUCUAAGGCUAACAGAUGAAAGAAUACCAUCUGAAGUAAGCCGUGUCAGUCAACAAGAAUUAACGUUUAUUGCUGAAUUUUUGCGUGGUUUCGAUAAAACUGAACCCGGUGUUGGAGGAAGAAAAGGAGUGAACUUAGAAAAAUUAGGCCAAUACUUACGACGUGAAAAUUUACAAACAUGUUUAACUCCCGAAGGAAGCGAAUGGGCAGCUAUGCUCGAUGAAAAUCAUUGUCUUCGUGACCAUCCGCUUAUUGUGAAACAGGAUCUUGAUUAUUCUUUAUUACAAUCUCAUGCAAAAUUGAUUACUGCUAUACAUAAUGUUUUUCGAGAGGCUUAUCAAGGACUAGUAGAAUAUUUUACUAUAUCAAACAUUGCUUUAGCACCAUCUAUAGGAUUUACAUCAACUCAAAUUGCAACAAACGAUGAUGGUUUGUUAGUAGCUGUAUGUGACAUAGACCAUAAAAUAUUAAGACUUUUUAGAAUCGAAUGUUUACAUACAGAACCUAUCUCCCUCAACUUUAAGUUGGGCACAGUAGAUGUAGAUCACAGAUCAGAGUCUUAUUCAAAGUCUUACAUGGACAGUACUGUGGUUGAUUUGCAAUUUUAUUCUAGUGACUAUCUUAGCUUACUGCUACUCAAUAAACAUACACAUGCAUCCCAACUUGUACAGUUGCCAUUAAACCACGUCCGAAUUUUUGAAAAUCAAGACAAAAGUCCGGUUAGUUUAACAGAUCUUUUAAGUAACAGUUGGCCACGAUCUUUCCAAGGUAUAUCUGCUAGACGACUAGCUGUUAGCGGUGCACGAAAAGUAGCUGCUGUUUUAAGUGAAAACAAUAGAAAAAUAAGAUUACUAGAAAUGGAAGUAGAACCGGAAGAUGAGGAAGAUGAAGAGGAUGAAGAAGAUGUGACUAACGAUAGUAUGUUGGGUACUAGUCAUGGAAUACCUGGAAGUUCUCAGUAAACAGAUUUGCAUAAAAAUCAUUAAAAUAUGGUAAAUACAACCACUGUGAAAAUAAAAAUGUUUACAAA